AUGUGGAUUGCCAAGCAUUUCCCGCCUCCAUCCAUGAUCACGCAAACGAAAAAUCAGCUAGCGUCGACAACAACGAAUGAACGAGAAAGCUGA